CCUGGCCUUUCGCUGCAGCCAGGCGGCGGGAAAAGGGGGCUUUCGCCGGCCCGAAGAGGCGGCGCACGUGGCUCUGCUGGACGCGCGCUGCUCGGCCCCCACGCCGCUUGCGCUCCCCCCUGGGCCAAGCUGCAGCCUGGGCGGAGCCGGCUGGUGGCGGGGGCUGGGGCUGAAGCGAGGGCUCCCUCCCCGGAAGGCGGCGGCGGGCCAUGGCGCUGGAGGCGCGGCUGAACUGCGCCGAGUACAAGAACUGGCUGAAGGCCGGGCACUGCCUGCUGGUGCUGCGGGACGCGCUCAGGCGCUUCGCCGGGGAGCAGCUCCAAGCUUUCCACCGCCAGCUGCUCGCCCGCCUGGCGCCCCUGGGCUGCUGCCGCGGCCGCUGCCGUCCGCGGAGCAAGCAGUUUCAGUCUAACUGUUCAGUGUGUGCAGAGUGGAAAAAGGAAAUUUUGAAACAUCACACCAACAAGAAUGGAGAAAUUCACUGGGAAAAUUGCAAACCCGAGCUCUGGCCUUCUGAUUCCUGGGAACUUGCAAAGGCUUAUAUGCCCCGUGGGCAGAUGAAUAUUUCUGGACCAGAGAAGUGUGAUGCAUCUGCUCUUCUAAACCUUUUCAACUUUUGUAAUCACUUCAAAGGUAUUGACCAAAAGAAAGUCAGAGAGGUGAUUAGGUGUCGCAAUGAAUUAAUGCAUUCUUCAGAAAUGAAAGCUUCUUCUUUAUGGAUGGAAGAGUUUGGAAAGAAGGUUGAGAAUUUAUUAAAGGAAUUCCAGAAUGUUCCAGAAGUUAUGGAAGCUAGUAGGAAGAUAGAAAAGCUUUUGUCAUCAGAUUGGACUGUUCUUGUAAAAGUGGGAGAAGAUCAGCUAGAUGGAUUGGAAGGAGACAUAGAAGUUUGCCUGAGUCAGAGACAAAUAAGCGAAAUAGAAAUGGAGUUAAUAAAGGAAAGACUUAAAGAGUUCUGUCUUCUGAUAGAAGAGCAGGAGAUGCUAUCUGAAGAGAACUUAAAUAGGAUCCAAAUGAUAAAGGAAUUCUUAAAGGACAACAAUGAUCUCCAAAUAAGUCUUCAGGCAGAUAUGCAGAAGCUAGAAGGUGGCCUUGAAGAAAUGGUGUACAACCAAAAAAUAUCUAUGAAAGACAGCAGGAAAGAAUCUCCUAAUCCGGAGGAAGAUGAAGGUUGUUAAAACGAAGUGUAUUUCUAAAGAAGAGUUUCUGUAAAAGUGCCAGUGACUGCAUUUUGAAGGGAAGUUCCUGUAAGUGAUAGAUGUGCCAACAAGUAGUUUGUCCUUCACUUUGAGUGAGGAUGCAUUCAGUCUCUUUAGUGGCUGGGAAAACAAACUUAAA